CCUCCUCGCUGAGGCUGAUCAUUCCCCCUUCCCCCACAUCAGAGAAUCCUCGGGCAAUUAUGUUAGCUAUCUACCCACUGAUAUCGAUCACCAUCCAUCUGCUCAUGCACUGGUUGCACACUCCCAAUUUAUAGAGCACGCAGGACAGGCCAAUGCUCUACACCCUAUGCUCCACGGAUCUCAUCACGACGUUGAGCCUGCGACACCCGGCCUCGCAAGUGUGAUGGGUUUGGAAUUACCAUCAUCCUAUCCUCCAUCCGUCAGCUCCCAGGCCCUCACCAAUCACAUCCACGAUGACCCUCGCCGCCAGGCAGAUCACUGGAAUCAUAUUAACUUCCGGCCUAACAUGGAAUCCUUUCCCACUAAUAACCACCCAUCUAUAUUGCCGUGGCACUCUCCUACACAGUCGCCAGGCUGCAGCGAGGCCAACCACAUCCCUUGCCAUCCCAACUCUUCGGUGGACCAAAGUAUGGCAGACGCUUGGGUCCGUCUUUACGCUAUCGGGUGCCGGUCUCCCGCGGUGCAUCAUACGGACGCCGAGUACUGGACCCAUCCAUUCGUACCUACUUCGUCGCCCUCUGAGCUCGCGGACGAUGGUGUGAGCGACUUGAGCGCUUCCACUGUAGCUUCCCUGUCUCUUCCCUCAUCUCCAUCGCUCUCCCUGGCUGAUCAGAUCUCCGAGGUUGGAUCGCAAGGUACCGACCCUGAGCUAUCCCCCCAAGCGGUUGAACCUUCGGACGCCCACCCAACGACGACACUGUUCUCCACUUCUCCUACGACGCAUAAAGCUCGGAACCAAAAGGCUCAGGCCUGGCGCGAAAGGAAUACCUCAAAGGGAAAAACGAAACCGCGGAAGCUACAUCCCUGUGACGAAUGUGACACUUUAUUGUCUCGUGCCUACGACGUGCUAAGACAUAAAAGCGUUCGGCAUGAUCCAAAGCCUGUAAAAUGCGCUGCUUGCGAUGGCAUCUUCAAGCGUCCUGAUGCGCUGAAGCGUCAUCUGAGAUCCCAUUGUGGAGGCGGCCGCAGGAGGGCAGUCAAAUCUGCGCCGGACAGAAUGUAGGUGCCUGUCGCGAACCAUCGUUCGUGUGCCUUCUGGGGGACGUUAAUUUUGUGCGCCCCCAAGUCUUAGUUUCAUAAUGAACUCUUUAAUGAUCCCAUCCAACCGCCUUUUACGGUCUCUUCAUGCGAUUUCCCCCCUAGAGCUGGCCUCUUCUUUUCUGUUGCUAUGUAUUUCAUUCCUCUCGAUGAUUCACACCCGGGUCCUGCAUAUGAUGUCCACCACAAUAUACGCAAUACUAAUAACGAUGACAAUGAUUAUGAUUUUCCUCAUA